AUGCCGGAAACUGAUGCUUGAAGACAGUUCACGACUGUUUACUCGGAAUAAUGUUUUUAUUCUAUAAAGUGACACCAUAAAGCUUUUAAUGAGAGACAUGAGUUCAAAGAGACCCAAGAGCAGAGUGAGCAGUGGGACCAGUAAAGUCAAGGGGAAAGAUAAAAAAAAUGAGAAGAAUUUCCCCACCCCGGAUGAAGGUGCACCAGAAUCUGGUCAUCCUGAAUACAUCUUCCCGCUGGUCCUGACCUCCGCCACACAGGAGCUGUUUGGUUGCCGGGCAGAUGAGGAUGUAACCGGAGAAAAUCCUUACAAGCUGCUGAAAAAGGAAGACAUCAUUCAGGACCUGAAAACCAGAGCGGCCGUGUCUGACUUCAGCCCCAUCAAACAAUUAGUGCUGGAGUACCCUGAAGAUGAACUUCUGCUGGUGUUUGACAGAGACUUCACAUACGGACAGAGCUUCUAUCUGGUGCUCACAGAAGAGGCCAAAGAGAACAUGUUAAAGUCUCCAGUACAGGGUGAUGAUGAGGAGCUGGUGGAGGAUGAAGAGGAGGAGGACAUGAUCGUGCCAAAAACUCCAGAGUCUCAUCCGUGGAUCUCUCUGGGAAGUGAGCAGGAGAUCGAGGAAGAGUCGGUCACAGAGUCCAGACCCAGACUCAGGUAUAAGAUCUCUCCUCUGAUGCGGCACUGCGGCGCUCCGGUGUGUUUCUCUGACCGCAACACUCUGGACGGGAAGGAUGGAUACGUGGAGUGCCCAUCAUAUGAGGACAAGAGCUUCAGCAUCAGACAGAUGGAGAGACACACAGCCAUUCAGGCCUCCAGCGACACCAAACACUCGUCCACUCAGACAAUGUGGAAGUACCCAAAGAACAUGUGCACCCAGUACGAACCCCGAGAGUUCAGUCCUGAGGAGAAAGAACAUCACCUGCGAUCAGAAAACAUGAAGAACUUCAUCAUAUCUGUAGCAAUAAGGUUUGAAAUCUCCCUGCAGCAGAAUCACAUCGCAGACGUGUUCUGUGACGACUGGACGGCCCUGUGUGAGGACGACGGCAUGCCGACGGGGAAAACAGAGACACAGCUGAAGGAAUAUCAGUCUUUCAUGGACCUUCACUUCAGCAAAGAGAAAAGCAUCAGCCACGUCCACUGGCAUCCCACCAUCAGCGGUGUGAUCGCUGUGGCCAUGACAGAGAGACUGUCUCUUGAGGAGCGGAUCGAUAACUCCACUAAACUCCUGUUAAACCCGUCCUACAUUCUCUUCUGGAGCUUCACUGACCCCAUAAAUCCACAAUUGCAGCUGGAAUGUCCUGACGAUGUUCUUAGUUUCCAGUUCUGUCCAUCCGACCCGAAUAUCAUCGCUGGCGGCUGCAUGAACGGCCAGGUAGUAUUAUGGGAUAUUUCAGCACAUGUGGAAAGACUGCAUGACACCCGGAGCGUCGGCAAAAACAUCUCAAAUAAACUAGACAAAAACAAUGCAAUUCCAGUGGUUCGGUACUGCGCUGUGUCUGGGAUAGAGAACGGACACAAAGCUCCGAUCACAGAUAUCCAGUGGCUUCCAGAAACCUUUGAGGUAUCCAGAUUAGGGAUUCCUGUGGAAAAUACGAGUCGUAUCUCUGUCCAGAUGGUCACGUGUGCUCCUGACUGCUGUGUGUUAUUCUGGGAUCUUCGACCUCCUCGUGCCGUGUCUCAAUCCCUCACGGACGUGAAACAGAAAUCAGAGGACAAGCCUCUGGAAAACCCUCAAGGUGUUCCAAAUACAUUCAAACACCUCAACCUGACCUGGAAACCCUUGAUCCGAGUCUCCUUACCAAAGAUCGGCUCCAGUGGUGAAUACAGUCCUCUGAAGUUCAGCUUGAGGGACAAUACAGUGGACUACAUUACAGGUGAUAAACCCACACAGAUCACGGAGCUUGAAGAAGGCUGUGGAUUCGCUCAGCUCCGGGUGCCGUCGGCCAAACAGCAGAAACCUCUAGAGAACAUCAGCACCAAACUGUAUGUGGGGACGGAGGAUGGAGAACUCAUUUACACCGACUGGAAAAUGGAGAAGGACAACGACUCAGGACGACUCUUCAGUGCCAAACCUAGCCAUCGGUUCCUCUCACACCACACUAUGAUCAACACCGUGAGCCGCUCUCCGUUUUUCAAGGACAUCAUCCUGACGGUGGGCAGCUUCAGUUUCGCCAUCUGGAAAGAAGGGGUCACGAGUGGCCCGAUCCUCUUGUCGGCCUGCUCCAAGAUGAUGUGUAUGGUCGGUCACUGGUCCCUGUCCCGACCGGCGGUCUUCUUCAUUGGGAAGGAGGAUGGAAACAUUGAGGUUUGGGACCUGCUGCAAAACACCCAUGAGCCCUCGCAAACCCAGAACAUCAGCACCGCCUCCAUUACCUGCAUCAAAACCAGCAGCACCUCCGCGAAGCAUCAUCUUCUGGCGGUUUCAGACCGUAUCGGCACCCUACACAUCCUACAGAUCCCAUGGACCCUGCGCAAAUCCUCCAACAACGAGAUACAGAAUGUGAGGAAGUACUUUGAAAAGGAAGAGGAACGGCUAGAGUACUUUGAGAAACGGCAGAUCAAACAUGAGAAGCAGAAGAAAGAGAUGGAAGCUGAACAGCUGAAGAAGAAGACGGAGCCAGUGAUGCCACUGAAACAGGAAGAGGAGCUGGAGGCGGAAGCACUGAAGGAAUAUGAACAGUUUCUGGCUCUGGGGAAGGACAUUUUGAAGAACAUGGGCCUCCUGACCGAAACAGAGGACGAAUCAGACCUGUAACGCAUUACAGACAUCAUCAUCAUAUCAUCACCAUCACCAUCACGCUCUAGAACAAAGCACAAGAAUCUAGAAAUUAGAGCUGAGUCAGAUGUUCAGAUAACAUGAAUUAACACUGGUAUUUGUACUUCUGUAAGUUCUUAAAAAUUAAACCUGUCUAGGUUGUUAUUCCGAUUAGAACAAUGAAAAUCAUUCAGUGUUAUUCAGUGUAAACUUGCUUUUCAAGUUGGAACAACGUUCCAGAUCUAAUCAUUUGAUAUCAACUCAAGGACCAAAUAAGAAUCAGAUGAGGUCAGAAAUUCAAACCUUUUGGAUUAUUCUAAUUUAUUGGUUCCAAAAUAUUUAGACAAAAAUCUAUUAGCAAAACAUUAGAAUCCUUUAGUUUUUUAAAAACUGUAGCUAAAACUACUUGUAUUAAAAGUUUUCUGAAUGUAAAACAUUAAAGUUUGUUAAGAAGGGCA